ACUCUUUUCGACGCUGUUGUACAUAAAUCAUGCAAGCACUUGUGGUCACCGCGAAGGGCAAACUCGAGCUCAAAGAGGUCGAAAAGCCAGUCAUCUCGGAUGGAGAGAUCCUGGUUCAAGUGGAGUAUGUCGCUUUAAACCCCACCGAUUGGAAACACCGAGACAGUGUUUCUCCAGCUGGAGUCAUUCUCGGAUGUGACUUUUGCGGCACCAUUGUCGAAUCGAAAUCCUCCAGACCCAAGGGUCAGCGUGUGGCAGGAUGGGUUCAUGGAGGCAAAUUCCCAGACCAAGGAUCCUUUGCUCAGUAUAUUAGAGUUGCCGGUGAUCGAGUGUUUACAGCCACGGAUCUGAAGCCAGAGUCGGCCGCUACCUUUGGUAUCGGAUAUUUCACUGCUGCCAUGGCACUCUUCAAUGACCAAAAACUGCCUUAUCCCCCUGCUGCUCAGGAAGGCUGGUUCUUUGUUGGAGGUGGCUCAAGCUCGGUCGGACUUUUUGUAACGCAACUCGCCCGCAUCGUGGGAUACAAAGUCAUUGCGACAGCGUCGCCUCACUCGUUCGACAUCGUCAAAGCUCACGGGGCAAAUCGCGUCGUCGACUACCAUGACCCCAAAUCCGCUCUGGACGAGAUCAAAAAGGUGACUGACGACGGUAUCGUCGCUGGCCUCGAAUGCAUCGGCGACCUAGAUGGUGUGCAGCUCGCCGUCGACUCUUUCGGACCCAAGGGCGGACCGUUGACCCAGAUCAUCCCUCCCCCCAAAGAGGUCAGACCACGACCCGAGGUCCCACUGGAUCACAGAAUCCUUCUCUACACUGCACAGGGUUAUGAAUUCGAAUUCAUCCCUGGCCAGCCCAAAAUGCCGGCUAAACCUGAAGAUUUGAAGUGGUUCACCGACUUCUGCGAGCGAAGCCCUGAAUUUAUCGAAAAGCAUGACAUCAAGGGCAACCCGGUUGAUCUCAGACAGGGUUUGGAGAACAUCAACCAGGGUCUGGAUGAGAUGAAGGCGGGCAAAGUAUCAGGCAAGAAGCUUGUGUACAAGAUUGCAUAGAGCGGACCGGUCCACCAAGCCAGAAGGCAGCGCGGGCGAGAGAACAACAUGGAUAUCAGGAAGCAUACAAGGCGGAGACCCCGUCCCGACAUGGCCAUGAGCUACUAAAUGCAUAGCGAUAGUGAC